AUGUCUCUCCUGUCCUCAAACAACCAACCCAGCUGGAGCGUGUGCUCUGCUCUCUGUGUCCUCAUCGUGUUGCUCCCAGAUGCCAAAGCAGACAACCUGAACAACACCUCCCGCAAUGGAGGCGGCUCCCAGUGUGGGGAGUACUCUAACCAGGUGAUGGAGAACGGGAUGUGUCGGAUGGUGGCCACGCUGCCUCAGCUGGACGAGCAGAGGUGCCCGGACAUGUUCCGCUGCACGGACGAGGUCUCCUACUGGCUGCACGAGAACGAGGAGAGGAAGCAGCAGAUCGUGGCGAUGAGGGAGACCAUCUCUGAGCUGCAGGAGGAGCUGAGGAACCACCGUCACCGCAUCAAGGUGCUCGAGCUGCAGAGCGAAGAGAAACACCAUUUGAACGUCUCCCUGGAACAGCGUUUUCAUGAGAUGGAGGUGCACUAUGCUGAAGCCACCACCCUGCUGCACCUCCAGGGCACUCUGAUCUUAGAACUACAGGACCAAGUCCACAAUCUGACACUAUUGGUGAAUAAUGUAAAAAGAGGCCCUGGUUGUUUGAUCAACGUCGUCCAUCCCAACCCUCUCAUGAGCGGCCAAGAAGCCCUGCACCCAGAGGCUCAACGUGUGAGGAACUGCCCCAUAGACUGUGCCUCUAUCUACUACAAUGGCGUGAGGAGAUCAGGCCUCUACACUGUAGUGCCGUCACUGGCAGGCAUGCCGGUGGAGGUUUACUGUGAUAUGGACACAGAUGGUGGUGGCUGGACUGUGAUCCAGCGGCGGGUCGACGGCUCAGUGAGCUUUGACCGCAGCUGGAGGGACUACAGGGACGGAUUCGGUGACCUGCACUCCGAGUUCUGGCUGGGCAAUGACCACAUACACGACCUGAGCACCCAAGGCGACUACAGCCUCCGCAUAAGCCUAGAGGACUGGAGCAACAAGUACAAACACGCCCUCUACCAGAGCUUCAGUGUGGAGGAUGAGGAGCAUCAGUACCGUCUCCACGUGUCAGGCUUCAGCGGCACGGUGAAGGACUCUUUCAGCUGGUACCACGACAAGCAGGGCUUCAGUACGCCAGACAGUGGGAACAUCUGUGCCGAGAUCUCUCACGGUGGCUGGUGGUACAACCAGUGCUUCUACGCCAACCUUAAUGGCUUCUACUACAGAGGAGGCCAUUACACCCCUCAAGGCCGGGGGCCGCUGGGUCCUGAUGGGAUCGUCUGGCACUCCUGGAAAGACUCUGACUAUUACUCUUUACGAAAGGUCAGCAUGAUGAUCCGACCACGCAGCUUCCGAACCCGUUUGUCACCCUGA